UUGAUGGAGAGACGGUUUGAGAGCGACCGACAUACAAUAAUGCCUCCAAAUUUUUUUGUUUCUCAUGCUUUGGAAGAAGGACAAGACUGGCAGGCGUUUAUGGCUGGUAUUGCUACGUACCCCAACUUCAUGGUUGCUUGGUGGGAUGUUGAUACGGUCUUAUUGCCGAUUCAUUCAUCCCCUAAUCAUUGGCUAUUUGGGGAACUACGAUUAGCGUCAAUGGAAGUGCAUAUUUAUGACAGUCUUGGUAGAGGUGCUUAUGAAAAAUUCCAAUCCGAAGGAAUCUUUUCCAAAUUUGAACGUCGGGUGGCAAAUUAUUUGGACAAGAUUAAGUAUUGGGCCCGGAGGAACAUCCCAAGAAUUCCAUUGAAUAUGCAAUUCAUUUAUGAAGAAAACGUUCCCCAACAAAGUAGUCAUUUGGGAGAUUGCGGUGUUUUUCUUUGUAUGUUUAUGGAGCAAUUGGUUUCAGGUCAACCAAUACGUGUUCUUAUUCACCUUCAUUUUCAUAUCCAGAAACUUCGCUUUGACAUCUCUUCUUCUUCGAUAUUGAGUGCGGUUCAUUAAAUGGUGAAACAAAUGACAGACACGAGACCAAAAUGAUCCGGCACGAACUUGUGGGGGACCCGGUGGAAAAUCCACCUCUACAGUUGUAAUCCAAGCUUGAACCAAAGCGACCUCCUCUGCGUUCCUCCAUAUACGUGGUGAGUCCAUAAUUGCAAGGAGGGAAGUAAUAGAAUACAAUUACAACGGAUAUUGAAAUCUAUUUAUAACGACUCCUUACUUACCUGGUGCAAUGACUUGUCAACUCAAACAGCAA